CCAGGGUUAAGACGACUUCUAAAAUUUAAAUUAAAAAUUACAAUAUUUAUAAAACCAUCGUUGGACCUUGAAUAUUGACACUUAACUUCGUGAUUGCAUGAAAUUCCAAAUAGGCUAUUUGCAUUAGGCUUUUGAUUUACUAUUUUGGUUGAGGUGAAAGUGAAAAAAAGUGAAAGUCAAUUCUUUGGAUUAUAGUUUGGAGAAAUAUUUUGCUACCAAAUGGCCGGCUGAAAAGCGGUUUGGUCUCGAAGGCGGCGAGAGUAUGAUUGUGAUGCUGGAGGAGAUCGUGGACAGCGGUACUCGACUCGGCGUGGAAUCAAUUGUAAUGGCAAUGCAGCAUAGAGGUCGGUUAAACAUGCUCGUUAAUGUGUGCCGCAAACAAUUAACAGAUAUAUUUGCACAAUUUAAACCGAUGGAGCCUAAAGAACCGGUAAGUUAAAAUUAUGUUCUGUUCCAAGUUUAUAAAUUAAUAAUAAUAAAUAUUAGGCAACAUCACAGUUCAUACAUUGCCCAGCUCCCAAAUUAAAGUAAGCAACACACAUUUCGAUUUCCAUGUAGUUUCGUUAUCAGUUCGGAAAAAGCUUUUAGGUAAAAGUACAUUUUCUACAUUGACCUGACCGGGAAUCGAACUCAGGACCUCAGAGAUGGCGACAGCUUGCCUUGAAACGGGCUCGCGAGCCAUUUGGUCACGGAGGCCUUAAGUUUAUUUUAAAUUAAGCAAUAAACUUUCCAUGUUUUUAAUUUCUUGCUUCUCAAAUUAAUUUUUGAUAUAGGGCUCUGGUGAUAUUAAGUAUCACUUGGGAACAUACAUACAUCGAUUCAUCAGGAGGACAAACAGGUAUAUCAAGGUGUCGAUGAGCGCCAACCCAUCCCAUUUGGAAGUAGUAUCACCAGUCGUUGUCGGGAAAACGAAAGCGGAGCAAUUCUGGAAAGGAGAUAACACAGGAGAUAAAGUAAUGGCGAUCAUUAUGCACGGCGACGCCGCGUUCACUGGCCAGGGUGUGGUAUUCGAGACGAUGCACCUGAGUAACCUGCCCGACUUUGACACAUAUGGCUCCAUCCACAUCGUAUGCAAUAACCAGAUCGGAUACACCACAGACCCACGCUUUGCCAGAAGCUCUCCCUACUGUUCAGAUUGUGCCAAGUGCGUAGACGCACCCGUGCUUCACGUGAACGCAGACGACGCCGAGGCCGUAGCGCACGUAGCGCGUGUCGCUAUAGAGUUUCGUUGCAAGUUCAAGAAGGAUGUGGUCCUCGAUUUCGUCUGCUACCGUCGCUUUGGACACAGCGAGGAAGACGAACCAAUGUUCACGCAACCCUUCAUGUACAAGAAAAUCAGGCAAAUGGAAACAGUGGAUAAAAAAUACGCCGCAAAAUUGAAGAGCGAAGGUGUGGUGAAUGAUGCUGAUAUUAAGCACUGGGAGAAGGAGUAUAUGGACACAUUGAACCUACACUUUGAACUCGCGAAAAAGGUCACCAAACUGAGCAUCAUGGAUUGGAUUGACACCCCAUGGACAGGAUUCUUUGAGGCCGUAGACCCCAAAAAGAUUCAGGACACUGGCAUAAGCAACGCUACGAUAAAUACGAUCUCAAAUCAUUUCUGCAAGGCGCCUGAGCCGUGGGCGUUUGAGGUUCACAAGGGCAUAAAUAGGAUCUUAGCAGCGCGAGCAAAAAUGGUUAAAGAAGGUAUAGCUGAUUGGGCAAUGGGAGAGGCCCUAGCAUACGGCUCGUUACUUCGCGAUCGAAUCCACAUUCGAUUCACGGGAGAAGACGUGGAAAGAGGCACUAUGGCUCACAGACACCACGUUCUGCACCACCAGGGGGUAGACGGUGCCACGUACCGUGUGCUGGAUCAGUUAUACCCGGACCAGGCGCGCUACAGUCUGCACAACAGUUCGCUGUGCGAAUUCGCUGUGUUGGGCUAUGAGGUGGGCUAUUCUAACUCGAGCCCAUAUCUGUUGUCGAUAUGGGAGGCUCAGUACGGCGACUUUGCUGAUACCGCUCAACCUGUGUUCGAUACCUUCAUAGUGAACGGCGAGAGCAAGUGGGUGUGCCAGUCUGGUAUCGUGGUACAGUUGCCACACGGUAUUGACGGAGCUGGCCCGGAACACUCCUCCGGGCGUAUAGAACGAUACUUGCAACAAGCUGACGAUGACGAAGAUGCCAUCCCAGACCUGGACGACAAGGCAUUAGUCUUGAAGCAGCUCCGUGGCGCCAACUGGAUUGUAGCUAACGUCACUACUCCAGCUAACUACUUCCAUCUUAUCAGACGGCAGAUAGCGAUGCCGUUCCGUAAGCCACUCAUCCUGAUGACACCUAAAGUUGGCCUGAAGCAUCCUUUCUAUCGAUCUAAGUUCGAGGAUUUUUUGCCCGGUACCGAAUUUCAAAGAGCUAUACCGGAAAGCGGCCCGGCAUCUAAGUGUCCUCAGCAGGUGAAAAAACUGAUCUUCUGCGUCGGUAAAGUCGCCAUCACAAUUGACGAACUGCGCAAGGAGAAGAAGUUGGAAGACAAAAUCGCAAUGUGCCGCAUUGAACAAGUGUACCCGUUCCCGUAUGAUAUUGUGUUGAGGGAGUUCUGCAAAUACGAAGGGGCCAAGGUCUUUUUCUGCCAGGAGGAGCACAAGAACCAAGGGCCCUGGCUGUUUUGCAAAAACAGAUUAGAGAAUCUCUUUGGGAAAAAAAUAGGAUGCAUAUGCAGACCACCAAGUCCAGCUUCUGCGACAGGCAUAAAAUGGAUACAUGCUAAGGAACUUAAAGAAUUAAAAGAAGCUAUUAUCAAUCUUAGUUAA